UGUCACCUCUGUAGUCUGUACUCUUUGGCUAUAGCCGACAUUUUGCUACAUGGAAAUUGGAAUAUGGAUUAGUAUUUCAUGUUGUGAUCGUUUCAAGUGGAUUUACCCGAGUAACAAGCAGCACGUAUAACGUGAGGAAGCCUGAAUAAACUUCAGUUUUACUCCACUCUUCAAUUGGAUUUUCAAAGGAUGAUAUUUAAUUAAAAAUGUCGUCUAAAAUCAGUGGAACCAAUAACUUCAAGGUAGUGUUACUGGGCGAGGGUUGCGUCGGUAAGACUUCUAUAUUACUGCGAUAUAUUGAAGAUAAAUUUAACGAUAAACACCUAAGUACACUUCAGGCAACAUUUCUAAAUAAAAAGCUGAACAUAAAUAAUAAGCGAAUAAACCUAUCCAUAUGGGAUACUGCCGGUCAAGAACGCUUCCAUGCAUUAGGUCCAAUAUACUAUCGGCACUCUCAUGGUGCUGUACUUGUAUAUGAUAUAACUGAUGACCACUCCUUUGCCAAGGUUCAAAACUGGGUUAAAGAGCUUAAGAAAAUGCUUGGUGCAGACAUUGUGCUUGUCAUAGCUGGAAACAAAAUAGACUUAGAACAUGAAAGAACGGUCUCCUUGGAGGAAGCCGAAAGGUACGCAGAGCUGGUAGGUGCCAAGCACUUCCACACUUCGGCUAAGCAAAACCAAGGAGUGGAGGAAUUGUUUUUGGAGCUAAGCCGCGCGAUGCUCGAGCGAAGCGAACGCACUCCUACGGCCCCCGUGCCCCGCGCUUUGGCUCUCGCUGAAGAUGACGAAGCGGCUUCAGCUUCUACCUGUUGCUGGACCACACCUUCGAACGGAUAAUUGUCUGCUUCUUUUUUGCUGUUUGCAUAGCCCGGAAUGUGUUAUGUGAGGUCAAUGACCGACAAGUCAAAUCAUUUAUUUCAAUUAGACCGCCUAAAAUCGCAACUUUGAACGUCAAAUAAAAUAUAAAGAUGAUUCUAGUUGCCCCUUCCAAAAAGUAGUUUCGUGUGGAGAAGAAUGGGCAGGAAACUCCACACUUAAUUACGAGAAAUGUGACGAGAAAACGACGAGAGAACUUUGGUGUCGUGGAUUAUCUCAGUUUAUUUUAAAAGUGAAAUCUGCUAAAUGAUGCUUCAUAGGUAUCGGACGAGUGAUUUUUCAAAAUCAACCAAACGAAAUUGUUUUGUUUUUUUUUAGUUGUUACUUUGUACAACGAAAAAGUUCUGAAACAUAUUCCAAAGUGGUAAAUAAUAAAAAUAUUUUAUUAAUUAAUAGCUAUAAUUAUGUAAAAUAACCAUUUCUUUAUUUUCUGUAGAUAUUACAACAUUAACAGAUUUAUUCCAUUUAUACUUAUAAACACUAUGUUUAAUUAGCUUUGGUAAUGCAAUACAAUUAGCAUCUUGUUUAUAAACCAUAAAAAAUUGUACAAAAUACCUCUAUAUCAUCAAAGAAUCAAAAGAAAAAGUAAAUGCCACUUGAUAAAUACUAAAACAACAAGAACUUUGCAACAAUAGGUAGGAAUAGUAUUGUCUUUUAUUGACAUAACCUUUACACAUUUAAAGAAAAAACUUUUUAACCGGAUUAAAGUUAUGUAUUAUUAUAAAUUUACUUCUAUUAUUAUCUUCAGUCACUGUGACCACGCACGCUGUAAAGCACGCGAAACGUCGCAUAAAUUUAAAAUUAUGUUAAAUGAUUAUAAAUUUAUAAUAAUACAGAACUUUAAUCCGGUUAAAAAGUUUUUUCUUUAAAUACCUAGGUAGGAAUCUUUGAGUUUCCAAUGUUCUUUUAUGUGAGAAUGUCUGUUUCGGUGAGAAUUAUAUUUACAUAAACAUAUUUUAUGUCAAAGUAUCAAAUUAUUAUAAUAUAAAAGAUUAUUUUGGUAAUUAAAUGGCUAGACCUAAUUAGAUUUAUAGUAAACAGAUCAAAAUUAUAAAUUUCAAUUGUGAUUAUGAACAGCAAUAAGUGUUUUGCAUUUGUAAAUGUUUUUAAAAAUGUAUAUAAUUAGUAAUAUAGUUGUUAUAACUUAUUAUUAGUCUAUUUAUAAAUGCUUCUAAAAUAGAUUUGAACUCGGUCAUUGUACAACCAGAUGGAGAUACACAUCUCGAUUGAUAGGUCUCAUUGGGCUGGAUCUUUAUACAUAUUGUAAUUAAUUAUUAUUAUUAACAGAAAUCUAUUAUGAGUUAAUAUUUCAUUAACUCAUAAUAGAUUUCUAUAUAUAAGAAAUAUUCAUUCUUUAAAUUAAUAAAUGUCUAUUGUCAAUAUUUCAAUCGAAAAUUCUGAUGCAGUUCUGCGACUCUUGUAAAAAUAUCUACAUUAAAACCACUGUAUGAA